GAGGAAUGGAGGAUACUAAUUUCCUCGUCUGUGUCGAUAUGAAACGUUGUAAUCUUCAAAAUGCCGGGCUAUUGUUUAUUUAUAGGAGAUAUGUUUUAUUUAUAUAAACGAGCUGUAUUGUAAUACAAAUGUUGACGUUUAUUGCCAAAGUAAACGGCUGUCAGGCAAGGCAAAGCCGCCCGCAUGACAGUAGAGCGAUUGUCUGUCCGUUGCCCUUUUGAGCAGAUCUUUACGGUAAUGCAAUGUGAAAUCAGAUCACCGAACCGUGGUAAUGAUGGGUCAAGUUCGGCAGCGGGGCAAAUGCGGCAACUAGAAUGCCCCCUAAGAAGAAAGGAGAGUCUGCCCUUAAGCAGGAUACAGCUGGACAAGGAGUAGAGGACUCAGAACACCCUGGGUCUGACAGUGAGGCUCUGCUACAGAGAGAGUACGACAAGCUAACCGACACCUUGAACAACCUCAAGAGGAAAGUGGAAAAGUUACGGCGUGAGAAUGAGUUCCUACAGAAUGAGGCCAACCAGACUCACAUGGAGAGUCAAGAGUACAUGUCGUACAUGUCCAAGCGGACCCAGAAGCGUCAGAGUGCCAUCGUCACCCUUAGCGACCAAAACCACCAGGCGCAGGAGAACCUGAAGAGACAGAGGGAGGAGAAUCUGGACAAAUACCAGGAACAGGCCAAUGAGCUGAAGAAGGAGAUUCUGGAGAAGGAGAAUGAACUGGCGCUGUUAAAUAUUGAGAUUGCUGAGCUCCGGGAAUUUAAAAGCUUGCAGCAGCAGCAGCUGGGGCGUAUAGCAGAGCUAGAGAGGGAGGUGACCAGUAUGCACUGUCGUCACUCUGAAUCCCUGCAGGCCCUGAAGGCUGGCUUCCUCAGUGAGAAAGAGAGGUACGAAGCACAGGCCAAACAAAAAAUACAGGCCCUGGCCCUCGCUGCUAAUAGGGAGGCAUCUCGCUGCCUACUGUCCCACACUAGAGCUGUGUCCCUGGAAAACCAGCAUCUGAGGGAGGAGCUGCAGCAGCUGAUCCAGAGAGCCCACUCCCUGAGGGGACUUCAGGACCAGCUCCAGGCCCAGAGGCAGCAGCUCCUAUUGGAGAGGGAGUACGUCAGGGAGCUGAGGCGCCUCCGAGCCACCCCGGGGCCGACCCCACCAGGGUCCCACACUCGGCCACUGGGGGUGGACAGUGGGAGAGAAGACACAAGACGCCACCGCACAGCAGAUACCUGAGAGAUAAUACAUAUGGAAUCAUGUAGUAACCAAAAAAGUGUUCAAUCAAAAUAUGAGAUUCUUCAAAGUAGCCACCCUUUGCCUUGAUGACAGCUUUGCACACUCUCGGUAGUCACCUGGAA